UGCUUUAUUUGCAUUAUGCAAAUCGGACUUGCCACAUCAAAGACAUUGUGUUUUGAUGUUUUACUUCACACCAUCAACUCUAUUGUGUCUUUCCAGAUCCUCCCCCUCUACAAAGAGCUGCAUGCCUAUGUGAGGUCUAAGCUGCAGGCCAAACACCCUGAACACAUCCACCCAGAGGGGGGCCUGCCUGCACAUCUACUGGGUGACAUGUGGGGAAGGUUUUGGACAGGUCUUUACCCCAUCUCAACCCCUUUUCCAGAGAAAACCGAUAUUGAUGUGACGAACGCUAUGAUCGCACAGAAAUGGCCUAAGGACAGACUGUUCCAAGAAGCAGAGAAGUUCUUCAUGUCGGUGGGUCUAUACAAGAUGUUUGAUAACUUCUGGAAGGACUCUAUGCUGGAGAAACCUACUGAUGGCAGGAAGGUAGUGUGCCACCCUACAGCCUGGGACAUGGGGAACAGAGAGGACUUCAGGAUCAAGAUGUGUACGGAGGUGAACAUGGACCACUUCCUGACAGCGCAUCAUGAGAUGGGACACAACCAGUACCAGAUGGCCUACAGGAACCUGUCCUACCUGCUGAGAGACGGGGCUAACGAGGGCUUCCACGAGGCCGUGGGGGAGAUCAUGUCCCUGUCCGCUGCCACCCCUAAACACCUGAAGGCCCUGGGACUCCUGCCAGACGACUUCGUAGAGGAUAAAGAGACUGAGAUCAACUUCCUGAUGAAGCAGGCCCUGACCAUCGUGGCCACCCUGCCUUUCACCUACAUGCUGGAGGAGUGGAGGUGGCAGGUCUUCCUGGGGACCAUCCCCAAGGACCAGUGGAUGCAGCGCUGGUGGGAGAUGAAGAGGGAUAUGGUCGGUGUAGUGGAGCCCUUACCCAGAGAUGAGACAUACUGUGACCCGCCUGCUCUGUUCCACGUGUCCGGAGACUACUCCUUCAUCAGAUACUUCACCAGGACUAUCUACCAGUUCCAGUUCCAGAAGGCUCUCUGUGAGGCAGCUGGCCACUCUGGACCUUUAUUCAAGUGUGACAUCACCAACUCUACAGCAGCCGGGGACAAGCUCAGGACGAUGCUGGAGUUCGGGAGGUCAAAGUCGUGGACCAGAGCCCUGGAGACGAUUUCAGGAAAUGCCCAGAUGGACUCCGCCCCUCUCCUGGACUACUUCAAGGACCUCCAUGUUUGGCUCAUAGCAGAAAACAGUAAGAACAACAGGAAGCCAGGAUGGAGAGCAGCUGAGGACCCAUUCUCAGAGAAUGCCUACAAAGUGAGGUUGAGUCUGAAAGCAGCAAUGGGUGACAAGGCAUACGUGUGGAACGCCAACGAGAUGUACCUGUUCAAAGCCAACAUGGCCUACGCCAUGAGACAGUAUUACCUUGAGGUCAACAAGACUGCAGCUCUUUUCACGACAGAGAACAUCCACACCUACAAUGAGACAGCCAGAAUCUCUUUCUAUUUUGUGGUGACUGACCCUGCCAACUCUGCCGUGGUCAUUCCCAAAGCUGAGGUAGAGGCUGCUAUCAGGAUGUCCAGAGGUCGAAUCAAUGACGCAUUCAAACUGGACGAUAAAACUCUGGAGUUCGAGGGUCUCCUAGCAACGCUGGCCCCGCCCGUGGAGCAGCCGGUCACCGUCUGGCUGGUGGUGUUUGGGGUGGUCAUGGGACUGGUGGUCUGCAUGGGCUGUUACCUCAUCAUCUCUGGUUUCAGAGACAGGAAGAAGAAAUGUGCAGCGAAAGCUGAGGAGAACGCAGAGAACCCCUACGGUGUGACCAACAAAACAUUUGAGAGGGAAGAGGAUGAACAGACAGGGUUCUGAGUCGCUGAUUGGCAGUGUGAAAGUUUGACAGACAACUUGACAGAUCUGAAAACCCCCUACAACAACAACAACAACAACAACAACAACAACAACAGCAACAACAACAACAACAACAACAACAACAACAACAACAGCAGCAACAACAACAACAACAACAACAACAACAAC